GUAGCAUGGAAUUGUAUAAGAUAUAAAAGUGCUUAAACCGACCGAAGACGGAAAUAGGACGGUAAGAAGGCCUUACCCCUGCAAUUCGACUUUCCGUCGCACUCUAAGCGAACCAAUGAGAAAUGCGAUAAGAUAACCUUCCCCAGUUUCGCUUUGGCAACGCCAGAUGGCGGUAGCGUCGAUAUAAAAGAGCAAGCAAUGUUGCCACUCUUUCAGUCUGUAGAACGUUUUUAUGGUGUGUGGUUGUAUCUCAGAGAUUAACAAUGAGUCAUUGACAUGCGGCCUUAUCGCUGUUAAAAGCGUGGAUAAAAAGGAUAAACAUGAAGUUCUAAAGGGUGAAAUAAGGAAAAAAGAUGGAUAAAGCGCAAAAGAAGAGAAGUAGGUGGAAGUCUCUAUUUCAUCUUUUGGUGUUCUUAGCGAUUUUUGUGAAUGUGCGAGGGGAAGAGUGCGAAUUUAAACUAAUCCGCCCAGAAAGCCAAGAAGCGGAGGUGAUAUGUCAUAUCCCCACUUUGACGUCACUCAGGACGAACUUCACUCUCCAGAUCGAAUUUGUGACGUCACUGACUGUUGUCUGUAGCCGCGACCAACCGAGUCAACUAGAAAACAGUACUUUAGGUCAGUUAAGUUGGUUAAAAACACUGAAACUGGUUCACUGCGGAGUAGCCAAUGUCACUGCGGAAGCAUUCCAUGCUCUGAGUGAACUACGCGAAUUAACUUUAUUAACAAACAACGAAACACAACUAGACAUCGAAAUCUUGGAGCAUAAACAGUUGGAGAUAUUGAAUCUAGCCCAUAACAACAUAAAUACCUUGUCCUUAACCGCUUUUUGCGGCCUUCCAAGCCUCAAAGUGCUAAAUUUGACAUACAACUUCCUCGAGGAGUUCAUCCUGGAAGGAUGCCUGAAAGAACUAUUAAAGCUAGACUUAUCUUUUAACAAUUUAGUGAGAUUACAGCCUCUACUUCUUCCCAAUCUUCGCCUUUUAAAUUUACAACACAACAGAUUGGAGUUCCUAAGUCAAGAUGCCAUCACAUCGUUGAAAAAGCUACAGAGGGUAUACUUUAACAAUAACGAAUUAAGCAGCAUCCCAGAAGAUUUUUUCGGUGGGAGCACAGAUAUUAAAGAGAUUCACUUGCAGAAUAAUUCAUUAGAAGCUCUUCUUAAUUGUUUCGGAGGCCUUCAACAAUUGUUGGUACUGAACGUCAGCUUCAAUUUACUUCGAAAUGAGCAUCUUAGUUCCGAUACCUUCUCGGAUUUGAUACGUUUAGUAGUGCUAGACCUAAGCUAUAAUCGUUUGCAGAGGAUAAAUAUCAGCAUCUUCCAAUCCCAAUACAGUUUGCAAAAACUCUUAUUGGAUCACAACCAGAUAGAAUGGAUUUCUGAUAACACGUUUUCGGCACUGUACAACCUCCACACUUUAAUGCUAGGCGGAAACAGGCUUAAGGUCCUAGAAAGUUUUACGUUAAACGGAUUGUAUGUUCUGGCAAUUCUCAACUUACAGGAUAACUUUUUAGAAGUUAUACAACAAGAUUCAUUCCGCAACUGUAGUAGCAUACAGGAGUUAUUCUUGUCUGGAAACAAGUUCCAAAGCAUUCCAAGUGCCAUAUCAUCUUUGCAGUUCCUCAGACGCCUAGAUCUAUCAGAUAACGUUAUUAACGAGAUAAAUAAUUCUUCUUUACAAAAUCUUAAACACUUGCAUACUUUGCAGCUCAAUCGCAACGAUAUUGGUAACCUGACUAGAGGCAUUUUUAAGGAUACUCCCUUCUUGAAACGCAUAGAAUUGAGCGAGAAUCGUAUACAAAAUUUGGCUCAUGGAAUAUUUGACGAAGCUAUUGACGUGGAGGUGAUAGAACUGAACGACAAUCUUCUAACAGAUAUUAAUGGCUUAUUCAUGAAUUUACACAACCUCGAGCUGCUUAACGUAUCCAGAAAUAAGAUAACGUGGUUCGACUAUGCUCUUGUUCCGCAUCAUUUGAAGAGCCUAGAUUUACAUGAUAAUGAGCUGGAUAUUUUAGGUAACUACUUCGAACUUGAAUCCGAUAUGACUACGGAAAUUUUGGAUGUUUCAUAUAAUUUAUUAAAAGAAAUAAGAGCUUCGUCAUUCCCUCACAGUGUUCAGAUGCUCAACCUCAACCACAACCAAAUUACCAACAUCAACCCGUUUACUUUUAUGCUCAAGACGAAUUUAACACGUAUCGAUCUAACUUAUAAUCUGAUUCGCAAUCUGGAUAUGAAUUCUUUACGCCUACAGACUGUUGAUAUACCACCUCAAAUUUUUAUCGCUGGUAAUCCUUUCUAUUGCGACUGUACUAUGGAAUGGCUCCAGAGAAUCAAUAAUUUGGACACUAGUCGACAGUACCCGAAAAUUGUGGAUCUGGACAGUGUUAUGUGUGAAUUUCCAUUUACUAGACAUCAUAAAAGUUUACCACUCUCCAAAGCCAACACUUCAAACUUCCUGUGCAACUAUAAGAGCCAUUGCUUCGCUUUGUGUCACUGCUGCGAGUUCGAUGCCUGCGAUUGUGAGAUGGUGUGCCCUGAAAACUGUACAUGUUACGCAGAUCAGACUUGGAAUACUAAUGCUGUCGAUUGUAGUGGCGGCAACUAUACUUCUAUCCCUCUACGCAUCCCCAUGGACGUGACUGCGCUCUAUCUGGAUGGGAACGAUAUUUCCCAGUUAACUAGCCAUACUUUCAUCGGGAGGAAGAAUAUGCGCGUGAUAUAUCUCAACAAUAGCCAGAUUCUUACUAUAAAUAACCGUACCUUCAACGGUUUGACAUCUCUCAGAACUCUUUAUUUAAAUCAUAAUCGGUUGAGCAUUCUUCACGGAUUUGAAUUCGAAACGUUAUAUCACUUGCGUGAAUUGUAUUUAGAUCACAACGAAAUCGUUACUGUGACUAACGUUACGUUUAUACCAUUAAAAUCACUGGAAGUGCUCCAUCUGCAUCACAAUCGUAUUGCAGAGUAUCAGGUGUGGAUGCUGAGCCUUAAUAGACAUUUGAGUGAUGUCAGAUUGGGAAAUAAUCCUUGGAGUUGUGGAUGUAGGUAUGUUGAAGACUUUUAUGAUUGGUUACAAUCAACAAAACAGGUGCAGGAUGUAGAAAGUGUGCGUUGUUCGUCUAAUCAGACUCACGGGCUCCUCAUUCGCAGCUUCAACUCUUCGACUCUGUGCAACAAUCGUAGCUCCAUUACUUAUUUCCAGGCUGUUUUUAUAGAAGAUUACAUACCUGUAAUGAUCACUGCACCGUCUGUGCUGCUCCUAGUCGUAUUUGUGUUAGUAAUCGCGUGCAUUUAUAGAAAGGAUGUUAAAGUGUGGUUGUUUACUAAAUAUGGCAUCCGUCUUUUCCAUCGCAACAAUUACACUCCCGAGAACGAGAAGCUGUUCGAUGCUUUCGUUUCUUAUUGUAAAAAAGACGAAGCCUUCAUUGCGCAGAUUCUAGCCCCCGAACUUGAAUGUGGGAACCCUCCUUACAGACUGUGCCUUCGUUAUAGAGAUUUGCCCUCUGCUGGCUACGUUGCAGAAGCCAUUUCGGAAGCCAUCGAGUGCAGUCAUAGGACCAUUGUGGUGCUGUCAGAGCAGUUUUUGAAGAGUGAAUGGUGCCGUUUCGAAUUGAAGACGGCGCAUAGAGAAUCACAACGCAACCCCAAACAUAGACUGGUGGUAGCAUUACUCGAUAGGGUUUCCUUCAAAGAGAUGGAUCCGGAUGCCAAAAUGUGCUUCCACUCCUCUCCAGUUAUACGCUGGGGAGAUAAGAGGUUCUGGGAAAAGUUACGCUACUCCCUACCGGACGGGAAAGUGACGGAACCGAAAAAUCACCAGUUUUCUCCACCUUCUAACUCCGUCAAACUGGUUUAGUGUUGUAUAUUAAUCUUUUUAUUUAAAGAACCCGAUGGACUGAGUACCAAUCACUACGCGUGCGAAACUCGAGUCCAGUGCCUUUCACUUGGAUUGUACAUCCGUCGAGGGCCGAUUUUACUAAAUAACAGAGUCGUUUAUCCUAAAAAAAACUCGAAGUGACUAAAAUGCAUCCUUAUUCAAGUGCAUUCCAACAGGGCCCAAAGUCCUUCAUUCACUAGGAUGCGAAUUCAAUGGUUACGAAAUAACUUAUACCCACCGUUACGUUUACAGAAGGCCCUUACUGUGGUAUUAUACAAAUCUGCCGCUGGAAAUCUCCUGUGAUCUGGUAUAGAGCAUCGGUGCUAAAGCUUCACAGCAUGAUAGAGGAGGACUGUGAUAGUGAAGAGCAGUCAGUGACUUUUCGACAAGUCUUUUCUUUUUUUUUCUCUGCCCAUUUCUAUGUAAGCUUUACAGAAUCAAAAAAAUAAGAGGAAGAACUUUAUUUAUCUUGUGUAAAUAAUUUUUGUUAAUAAAACUUCAUCAUUUGAUAUUACGAUUGUUGGAAUAAUUAAUGAUGGCUGCAGAAUAUGAAAGAAAAAUAACUGGAAAGAGAAAGAGGAUCAUUAAUCACGACCACACCCUCGCAAGUACUUAACUCGAUGAACAUGAGCUACCGUUUUCAUGAGAAGAGGUCGAAUUAAAGGUUCCAAUUCUGACAAAAAUCCUAGCCCUAGCACAUUACAGAUUAAUGACUCAGUCCGUGAUAUGUAAAAUGUUCAAAUCUCUAUG